AAUGAAAGCUGAUAUGAAGCAUGUUGUCAAAUAGUACAUUUUGAUUAUUUCUUAUCAAAGUAAUGGGAAUUGGAUGCUAAAUGAGUCUGUGUAAACCCUCCACUCCUUUCUUUUCUCACACCCUUCGGUGUCCUCGUGCCUGACUAAACAAAACUCUUCCUAACCUAAUGACUCAUUCCUGAAUAUGGCAUGGGUUUAAAAAGAUGCAGACUUUGAGAAACUGAGAAAAAUUAUAACAAACUGUCUAUUUGAGUUUCUGUCAUCCUGUUGCCAUAACUACAGCUGUCAUAUGGAUUGGUCUCUAUACAAGCCUGGUUACUGUUUAACCUCUCCACCCACAUUUGCCCAGAUUAGGAAAAUCAAUAAGAUAACAGGAGUACCGGCCUUACCUUGCGCCAACAACACCUUCACCAAAAACACAGAGGACUGUACAAAACUUAUAUGGGUUAAUCCUUCAUCAUCUUUCAUUCUUAAUCGAGAAAAAACAGUAAAACACAUUGGUGAGGAGCAGAAAAGACAACAUGGUCAACGUGAACGCUCAGGUCAGCACCCAUAUGGAUCCACUGCAUGACUCGUCAGCUGAGAGUGCCAACAUGAAUGCCGGCAACCACUUAGGGGCCGGCACCCUAUGUGCCAUCUGUGGGGACCGGGCCACAGGAAAGCACUAUGGAGCCUCCAGCUGUGAUGGGUGCAAGGGGUUCUUCAGACGCAGCGUACGCAAAAACCACAUGUAUUCCUGCAGAUUUAACAGACAGUGCAUAGUGGACAAAGACAAGAGAAAUCAGUGCCGGUACUGCAGACUAAAGAAAUGUUUUCGAGCUGGGAUGAAGAAGGAAGCUGUGCAGAAUGAAAGAGACAGGAUUAGCACCAGAAGAUCCAGCUAUGAAGACAGCAGUUUACCCUCCAUAAACGCACUCAUUCAAGCUGAUGUCCUUUCUAGACAGAUUUCAUCACCCGGUUCUAUCAUGAAUGGUGACAUCAGAACGAAGAAGAUAGCCACUAUAACAGAUGUGUGCGAGUCUAUGAAACAGCAGCUCCUGGUGCUGGUUGAAUGGGCUAAAUACAUCCCAGCAUUCUGUGACCUUCCCCUGGAUGAUCAGGUUGCUUUACUGCGAGCUCAUGAUGGAGAACAUCUGCUACUAGGAGCUGCCAAACGUUCCAUGCUGUAUAAAGACAUUUUACAAUUAGGUAAUGAUCAUAUAAUUCCACGAAACUGUCCCGAAUUGGAGGUGAGCCGUGUGUCUAUAAGGAUCCUUGACGAGUUAGUCCUACCCUUCCAGGAUCUCCAGAUCGAUGACAAUGAAUAUGCCUGCUUGAAGGCCAUUGUAUUUUUCGAUCCAGAUGCCAAAGGUUUAAGCGACCCAAGCAAGAUCAAACGUAUGCGAUACCAAAUUCAAGUUAGUUUGGAGGACUACAUCAAUGACCGGCAAUUCGACUCGCGGGGCCGGUUCGGCGAGCUACUUCUUCUGUUGCCGACGCUGCAGAGCAUCACCUGGCAAAUGAUCGAGCAAAUCCAGUUUGUUAAAUUGUUUGGAAUGGCGAAGAUAGACAACCUGCUACAAGAGAUGCUUCUAGGAGGUUCAGCUAAUGAAGCUCCUCAUGCCCAUCAUUCUCUACACCCACAUCUGGUCCAGGAGCACCUCUGUAACAACGUCAUAGUCACCACAAACAUGGCCACUGCAAUUCACAAUGGCCAGAUGUCCACUCCGGAAACUCCGAUCCCAUCUCCUCCGACGGCCUCAGGUUCUGAUCAUUACAAAAUGGCUCCGGGUGUUAUAGCCACAGUGCACAAGCAACAAAGCUCCAUCCCUCAACCAACCAUCACUAAACAAGAGGCCAUCUGAGUGCACAGAGAAACACAGCUUAAGUUUUUUUUUUUUAAACUUGGUACUAUUAAUAGGCUGUGCUAAGUGUGACAAUUCAUUCUCAUAGCCAGCAACACUAACAUUUAUAUUCACCAGCUGAACUUUAGACCAAAAGAGUUGAGUUUAAAGGUGUGCAACAAUCACACUUUAAAUAUAUAUGUUCAUCCCAUUUGUUUGCUGUAUGUAUGUUUUAGAACGAACUAGUGGUGCAUAUUUAUACUACCCAAGGAGUCACAACAGCAUUGAAAAAGUCAGAAAGGACCAUGUAAUACAAAGGCUGUGCAAGUUUCCUUCUCCUUUCAAGGAGAGUUUAAGUUCCAUAAAUGUUACAGCAGGCCUGAAUAUGAUCAGAUAUUUGUUUUAUUGUACAGUAUUUUAACAGCUUGCUUCUGGCUCUUAUAGUACUUUUAUGAUAUCCUGAUAGAAUACAUAACAUUUUGUGCCUUGGAAAUAUUGUUAUUUACCAAAAUGCUGGUAAUUAUUUUAUGUAUGCUAAGAAUGUGAAUUUCAUAUUUUUCUGUAUGUGCCAUACUUAAAUUGUAAAUAUACCGAUUUCCUUUUUUCAUAAAUGGAUUUAGUCUAUUCUAAUUCACGAUUUUAGGAUAAUAAAAAAAUGUGUUUCCUGUUCAACCCCUUAGCUGUAACUAGAUAGUGAUAUGUAUGUAUGCAUACAGUAAGAGAAUUUCACACUAAUUUAUAGUUUUACAUAUUGGUCAUUCACUGCCCCUUUACAAUUACUGCCUUCUGGGAGAAGGGUAAUUUCAAACUUGCAAUGUGAACUGAUAUUAAAUGUCAAGGCUAUAUUUUUACA